AUGCCAUCCCGAGUCUUUCUUUGUGCCUCAAUGGUCCCUGCUGCUACUUGGGCCGCAGUGACCGGGCCUGAUUUCGGGGUGGAACUGGUGGAGAUGAGCGUCGCAGGCUUGACCGAGAUCCCCAAGACGGGGAUCCAGCAGACCACGUUGGCCAUGGGGCUCGCCUACUCCUUGGCCGUCAUUGCUUUCUUGCAGGUGUCUUACUUCUUCCUGACACGGACUUUGACCACGCGGCUUCAGCUGGUGACUGUCAGUGGACAGGACACCCCAACAGCGAUAGAAGCGCCCUCGGCAGCUCCUCAGGGCGCCAAGGUGCUUUUUGCUUCCCUGGAGCACAACUUGCUGCUGCUUCCUGAGAGCGGCAGGGUGAAGUGCGUUGCGGGCGGCUUGGGCACCGUGGUGACAGAGCAGACGAAGUGCCACCCCACGGACUUGUUGGCUGUGCACGCCGUGGCACUGAGUCAUCUGAGAGGACCCAACGGCGAACCGAUUCCGGGAGCCAAUGGCGAACCCACCAGCAUCGACAGCUACGAUCUUCGAAACAAGGACAUUUGGAUCAAGCAGGCCCCGCUGGUGGUCACGGUGGAUGGCCAGGAGGAGACUAUCGAGCUCUACGAGUCCCAUCCACGACGAGAUCAGCAAAACCCACAAGCCCCGCAGGUGACUUACCUCAUGAUGGACCACGAGUGGUUCCGCAACCGCGGGACUCUGUACCCCAGCAGGGCGGAGUCGCUAAACUCGCUGAAGUUCUUCUCGCUCUUCAAUCAGGGGGUCGGUCUGCUCAUCGUGAAGUACAGCCCCUGGGUCUUCCAGUGCCCGGACUACUUGCCAGCGCUUGCGCCUUGGUAUGCCUGGAAGGCCGGGCAGCCGCCCCGGAUGGCGCUGGUGCUGCACAACGCGGAGUACCAGGGCGCCGUCUGCCACGUGCAGGUCCGGCGGCCCGAGCUGCAGAGGUUAUCUGCUGUUUUCAACCUGCCGCGGAAGAUCAUCGAGGAGCACAUGGUUUACGACGGCAGCUUCAACAUGCUGUAUGCAGGCGCACGCUACGUGGCCAUGGCCCAGCGUGGCCGGGGUCUUGCCUCCGUGUCCCCUCGCUACGCUGAGGAGGCACAGCUGCGGCACCAGAUGUUCUGGGGCCUCGGGGAGAUCAGAGGCAUCAACAACCCCAAGGACAGGGACCACAGGAACGAGGAGCUGUACAAUCAGCAUCAGCCGCUGUGGGCGACCAAGCGUGAUGCCAAGCGGGCGGCGCAGGAGCGCUUCGGCCUCCGAAUCAACGACGACGCACGGCUCCUUGUCUUCCUCGGCCGCUGGGUGAAGCAGAAGGGCGUGGAUCUCAUCGCCGAUUGCGCGGAGUGGAUGUUGGCCUCCUACCCCAACCUGCAGCUGCUCAUCCUUGGCCCCGAAACCAACGACGACUCCUUCGGAGUCUAUGCCCACCAGUGCCUGAAACGCUUGGCCUCCCAGGCAAAGGCCGGCCAGCGCUUCGACGGACGCCUCCACGUCUCUGGGGAGUUUCACGACGUGCGCCGCGAUGCCCGAGACCGAGGUUUCUCCCUUUACCAUGCAGCGGACUUUUGCCUCAUGGUCUCUCGAGAAGAGCCGUUCGGCUACGUGGACGUGGAGUUCGCUUGGGGCGGUGCCUUGACCAUCGGCACGCUCUGCGGCGGCCUUGGCAAAGUCCCUGGCAUUUACUUCAUGCCCAGGAAUGUGGAGUCCCUUCAAGCCGUUCGCGAUUGCUUCAAGGCAGCCGUAAAGUCAGCGAUGGACAUGCCUCCGCGCGACUUCCAAGCACUAUCGGCAGAGGCUACUCUGAGCACCUUCUCCGAAGAUGAUUGGAGGAGAGAGCUGCUGCGGCUGUACCACGGCACCCAGAUCGCCCUGCAUCGUGACCUGCGCACGGACCUGAACAGAGUCGUCGAAACGGAGAACGCAGGCUCGCCCGUGUUUGAAGCGGACAUCCCCGUCGAGGAGAUUGUCCAGAGUAUCCUGACGCGUGUCACGGUGCAGCCAAAUCAGGAGUUCGUGAAGCCGUCCAGCUGUCCCGACACCUUGGCAGACGUGGUUUGGGAGCACAGCCUUCGGGGUGAAUCCAGCUGGUUCAGCCAUCUUCUCAACCAGAGGUUUCUGCACACCCAGAUCAUUGACUGGGUCUUGGUCCUGAACUACAUCCUCACGCCUUUGCUGUCACUUUGGUGCGCUAUGCCCGACCACAGUAAAUGCAGUCAACCGGCCAGCUGGAUCGUGGACGCCGACGCUACCCGCGAGAAAUGCAGGCGGGAGCACGUCUGGCAGAUUGGCGGGCAAGGCCUCUACAUCAUCUCCAGCUUCUUCUGGGUCUUCCUGUCAACCAAGGUCCAGCCCUGCAAGAUCCUGGCGGUGGUCACCCUCAUCCGCUUCGUGAUGCUGCUGGCGCCCUUUCUGAGCUACUGGGGUGUCAUAGGGGGCAGCCAGUACACGGCCAUGAUCACACUGGCCCUGGGCUUCAUCAAAGGCUCGGAUGCCCUGUUCAUCUUCUAUGGAUUCAUGAGUGCAGCCGUCGGGGACGUUUGCAAGCUCGCCCUGCGCAUGGGCGUGUCGCUUGGGAUCCUGUACGGCCUGACCCAGUUCAGCCGCUUCGCUCUCAGCACUGCCGGUCAGCUUCGUGGUGGCCUGGUCGUUUUGGGCCUUCUGGGCGCCGCCUUCAAGCUCUUCCUGGGCUGCUGCCUGUUCUACGCCCCGAAGCCCUACCAAAAUUUCACCCUCCCCGGCUUCAGCUUCAGCUGGAAGAGACGAAGCUUGAUCUUCUUGGCCCUCGGAUGGGCCAUCAGUGGUGCGACCAAUACUGCCAUGGACAGGGCUGAUGCUGCGAUCGUCCAGUCCCUAACGCUGGAUCGCAAGGAGCUCUCCUGGGUCGUCCGAGGGGCGCCCUACUUCAUGACCUGGGUUGCCAUGUUCUUCAGCCUGAUCCUCUACAGGUUCCCCAGCGCGUCGCCGCGCUUGGUGAAGACCUGUACGUUCUUCCUGAUCCCACCUGGCUUCAUCAGGGCUGCAGUGCUCUGGGGUGUGCAGGUGCAGGACCUCGACACGCCUCUGCUCGACACGCCUCUGAGCAGGAGCCUCGUGGUUUGUUUGGUGGUGUCCCUGGUCAUCCAGAUGGUGCAGAGCAUCUCCAUGUUCAUCGUCAUUCUUUCCACCGUGCAAAGCCGCUGGCGCUUCAUCGUCUUCAUGACCAUCUGUACUCCAGGCGCCGCCACGCUGCGAGCUCUGUACAUGUACCUGGACGUGACGGACCGGCUACCUUCCGUUCAGCUUUGUCUCAUAGCCUGCUCUGCCGCCCAGUGGCUGGCCACAGUUUUUGCCAGCGUUUUCUUCGACGCAGAGUCCUCGGCCUUGGUGACUCGCAGCAAGAAGGAGCUGGUGAGGCGGAACACGGAGUCCUACAGUGGCAGAAUAGCACAGCUUCGCGAACUCCAUCAGGCUCAGAUGGUGGAGAGAAGUGAUGGACAGGCUCGACCUCGAGCUGCAAGAGUUGACACUUCGGCGCACGAUGGCAUCCGAGGGAUGUGCUGCAUUUGGGUCAUCCUCUUCCACCUGAUGGCAGGGCGGAUACAAUUUUUCCAUAACUAUCAAAUCUCCAUCGACCUCCAGGGCUGUGCCAUCAUGCCCAUCUUCUUCCUCCUGUCGGGCUUCGUUUUGGUUAUGGUUUACGGGCAGAAGCGCUACUUGCUCAGCGGCCACCACAACGAGCCCGGGGCCGUAGACUUCCCCUACAAGGAGUUCUUCAGCAAGCGCGUGGCAAGGCUUCUUCCGGCCUACUACCUCACCACCUUCUUGGCCGUCCCUUUGAUUUGGCUGGGCUUCGGGCCCUUCGCCUGGGCGGACACACGGACCCUCGUCGGCUCUGUGGUCAGCAACAUUCUUUGUCUGACCACACUCUUCAACUGCCAGCUACCGCCCUGGCCAUACGGCUGUCAGUGGGAACAGACCUUUAAUCAGACAGUCAACGGCACCAACGGCACCGGCACCCAGCUUCCCCCCUUAUGCAACAAGGAGGAAAGGGGCCUGCCGAUAGGCCUCAAGAACAUCAACGGGCCCUCCUGGACCGUUUGCACCCUGGUUUGGUUCUACCUGGCCUUCCCCUUCUUGUUGAAGUACAUUCAGCGUUUCAACAACAUGCAGCUCUUCAUCUUGAUUCGAAUCUGCUACUGGGUGCAACUCUUGGUGUCGAUUGCUCUCUUCCUGGUCUACACGGCCAUAGAGUAUGGGGGCUUCGGACAGCUCCGGUACUGGAACAUAGCUCCAGGCGAGCUGGCCUUCACCGUCGCGACGCAGAACCCCAUCUUCCGGGUCCCCGUCUUCAUCAUGGGCAUCUGCGCCGGGCUCCUGUGCAACCGCCACGCAGCGGAUCCUGGCCUGGUAUGGUCCGGGCGCUUCUUCUACUUCUUCCCCGGUAAAGAGCUCCCAGACACGGAGAGGCACAAAACGCUCCCGGAAGACGAGCAGAGGUACGGUCGCUACGGUCGGCUGUGGUGGGCACGCAUCGUGGAUCGCACUUGUUUGUUGCUCGCCGUGGCCUUCGUGUUGGAGAUCAUUGCAGACUGCAUCGUCUCAAGCAUCAUCGAAAGAGAUUGGUCGGCUUCGAAAAGAGUCCCAGAUCCAAAUCAUCCAGGGAAAUGGAUUUGGAAACUACCGGGACCAGAUCAUCAUGUGCAAGGUCUGGGGGGUGCUCUUUGGUUCCAGGCCAUUUUGCCCUACGCCUUCCUCACUGUGGUGGUGGGCCUCACCAGGUCGGGCACGGAUUCCAGGGCGUACCGCUUCUUCAGCAGCAAGAAGAUGAAGAGGCUUGGGGCCUUCUCCUUUAGCGUCUACCUGGUGCACUUCCCCUUGUUGGAGUACUUCAACUACCUCAUCCUCGGCCACCAACCCGCCGGCGCGCCGCUCCACAACUGGGGCGCGGACGAGCCCAUCCCGUGGUGGGGGGCCAUCCUCGUCUUCCUGGGCGCGCUGCUCCUGGGCAGCCUAACCUACUACUACUUCGAGGAGCCUCUGCGGAGGUGCCUCAAUGGAGAGAGACAAAACAGGCCAGCCGCAGGAGCCGCAGGAGCCGCAGGAGGGGAUGGAGUCCCAUCUUUUCAACUGGCCCAGGCGCGCCGGGAGCCCGCCGUGUCGAGCCCGUCGCGGUGA